AUGGAGCAACCAAAGCCAUCGCUCAAGAUUUUGGAACUCUGCAAAAUCAGCCCCUCCCCAUCUCCUUCUCCGGCAGCCGAUCAGUUUUCUCUUCCCUUGACAUUCUUCGAUCUCCCCUUCUUCACAAGCCCUCCCACUGAGCGCAUACUUUUUUACUCCCACCCCGCCGCCGAUUCAAUACUCCAAAAACUCAAACAUUCACUCUCCCUCACGCUCUCCCACUUCCUCCCUCUCGCCGGCAACGUCGUCUGGCCGGAGGAUUCCCCCGAGCCCUUCAUUCUUUACAAACCCGGCGACUCUGUUUCCCUCACCGUCGCCCAAGCCGACGGCGCUGAUUUCCACCGUCUCUCGUCGGACCAAAUCAGGAAGGCCAACGAAUCCCAUUUCCUGGUUCCCCAAUUCCAAGCACCCGACGACACUACUUGUGCCGCUCCGAUUCUGUGUCUCCAAAUCACUUUAUUUCCCGGCGUUGGAUUUUCAAUCGGCAUCGCAACCAACCAUACGGUUUUCGAUGGGAAAACGUCGACCACGUUCUUGAAAUCAUGGGCUUCCAUUUGUACCCACGAAUCUGAAUCUGAAUCUGAAUCGAAUCUCCCUACUUUGGAUUUCGACAGGGCCGCGGCCAAGGACCCAGAUGGGUUGCAGAAGCUUUACCUCAAGUACCACCAAAUCUUUCUCUCCCCUCCCGACACGUCGGGCCAAAGGUUGAGACUUGCCCCCAAAGUGGCCAUCCCGGACGACGUGGCCGGCGGCACGUUCGAGCUCACGUGUGCCGACGUCGAGCAUUUAAGGGCAACGGCGGCCAUGAGCUCGUCUUCCACGCGCCGUCGUCGUCUGUCGACUUUUGUGCUGACAUACGCCCACGUGUCGAUCUGCAUCGUCAGAGCCCAACGACUGGACCCGAAAACGAAGGUCGCUCUGUUUUUCCCCGUGGAUUGGCGGCCUCGUUUGGGUGGGCGUCUCGUGGGAGAGAAUUAUUUCGGGAACGGCAUUGGUGGGUGUGGGUUGUUUCUGGAAGCCAAGGAUUUUUUUGGGGAAAAUAGAAUAGGGGUGAUCUCGAAUCAGAUAAGUGAAGUAAUUAUGGAGAUGGAGGAGAAAGUGAAGGGGAGCACUGAAGUUGUGGAGUUGAUGGACCAUGUGUUCUUGCAGUGGUUUAGCAAAAUGCCGGUGGAUAAAAGAAUUACAGUGGCUGGUUCGCCGAGGUUUGGGCUUUACGACCUUGAUUUUGGGUGGGGAGGGUGUACAAAAGUUGAGAUGACUUCCAUGGGAUUGGAUGGGACAUUUUCCAUGGCCGAGAGCAGGAAUGGAAACGGUGGGGCGGAAGUUGGAAUUGUUCUUCCACAAGAUGAUAUGAAUCUUUUUUCUUCUCUGUUUUUCGAGGGACUGAAACUAUGA